GAAUACAGUUCCAUAGCGGCAGUUGCGUACGUGUCACGUACUCAACAAAGCACCAUCGUAGACCCAUCACCCACUCCCACGAACGUGCUCGCUCUCUCAGUUUCCCAAUCAGCCUCUGCACAAAAGAAUCUGGCUCUUAAAAAUCUGAAUUCUCGCUUUCAUAUCUUCUUCUUUUAGAAUCCAGACCACGCGCUGGCUUGGUCGCUCGGCGAUCUUUCAAAUUUAUCAUUCACCAAUCUCUUCUAGAAGCUUCUUCCGAUCUGGAGGACCAGCGAGACCGUCGAGUCAGCUCACCAGACUCGGUGCAAGCGAUGACGGAACCGCUGGAAGCUCGUCGGAACUCUUCUUCCGGUUCCGGCGAAGCUCCGGCGAAAAUUGAGCAAGAGUCUGGUGGUGUAAAGGAAAUGGAAAGCAGAGAGAACGCCGGCGAUGGUGCUCCGGCGAAUAAUGGCGGCAGUAACUCACCAGGAAUUUCUGGGAGGGGUGUUCAUAAGGUAAACACAUUGCCGAUAGAGAUAUCAGAUAUUGAGAAAUACGAAUCGACCUCAGGCUCAGAUCAGUUUAAAUUGGAAAGAUCUAAAACUGAAAGUAGGCACCGACAUUACAGCUUUCGUUCCGAGGAGGCAGCACAAAUUUUUGAUGACAAAAUUUCAGUCCACCAGAAGCUUAAAUUGUUGAACAGAAUAGCUACUGUGAAAGAUGAUGGAACGGUUGAGUUUGAAGUUCCAGGAGAUGUUGAACCCCAAGCCCUUGGGGUUGGAUCCAACCAUACUCAUGCUGAAGUUGUUGAUGAUGAGCCUCUUGAUGCAUCAGACCUUCAAUAUAUACCACCAUUGCAAAUAGUAAUGCUUAUUGUCGGGACACGUGGAGAUGUUCAACCAUUUAUUGCAAUUGGCAAACGUUUACAGGACUAUGGCCAUCGUGUUAGGUUAGCAACGCAUUCAAAUUUUAAAGAGUUUGUUCUGACUGCUGGAUUGGAAUUUUAUCCUUUAGGCGGUGACCCCAAAGUUCUUGCUGGCUAUAUGGUUAAAAAUAAAGGAUUCUUGCCAUCGGGGCCAUCUGAGAUACCUGUGCAACGGAAUCAAAUGAAGGAAAUCAUAUACUCUCUACUUCCGGCUUGUAAAGAACCCGAUUUGGAUUCUAAGAUUCCCUUUAAAGCAGAUGCGAUCAUUGCCAAUCCUCCAGCAUACGGGCAUGUUCAUGUGGCAGAGGCACUAAAAAUACCACUUCAUAUAUUUUUCACAAUGCCUUGGACGCCAACUAGUGAAUUUCCACAUCCUUUGUCCCGUGUUAAGCAACAAGCUGGAUAUCGAUUGUCAUAUCAAAUUGUGGACUCUUUGAUUUGGCUUGGAAUUAGGGACAUGAUUAAUGAUGUUCGUAAGAAAAAGCUGAAACUUCGACCUGUCACAUAUUUAAGUGGUUCACAAGGCUCAGAUUUGGAUGUUCCACAUGGAUAUAUAUGGAGUCCCCACCUUGUUCCUAAACCUAAAGAUUGGGGUCCAAAGGUUGAUGUGGUGGGAUUUUGCUUCCUUGAUCUUGCAUCAAAUUAUGAACCACCAGAGCCACUUGUAAGAUGGCUUGAAGCUGGUGAUAAACCUAUUUAUAUUGGAUUCGGUAGCCUUCCUGUUCAAGAGCCAGGAAAGAUGACCCAAAUAAUUGUGGAAGCACUGGAAAGAACUGGACAGAGGGGUAUAAUUAACAAAGGCUGGGGUGGCCUUGGAAACUUGACUGAACCAAAGGACUUCAUAUAUUUAUUGGACAAUUGCCCUCAUGACUGGCUCUUUUUACAAUGCAAGGCCGUGGUACAUCACGGAGGUGCUGGAACGACGGCUGCUGGUCUAAAAGCUGCAUGCCCUACUACCAUCGUUCCUUUCUUUGGGGAUCAACCUUUCUGGGGGGAUCGAGUACAUGCAAGAGGAGUGGGUCCUGCACCUAUCCCAGUUGAUGAGUUUUCACUUCCCAAGUUGGUAGAUGCCAUAAACUUCAUGCUUGAUCCCACGGUGAAGGAGCGUGCUGUAGAGCUUGCUAAGGCCAUGGAGAAUGAGGACGGUGUGACAGGAGCUGUCAAAGCCUUCUUGAAGCAUCUUCCACGCAAGAAGCCCGAAGCUGAGCCAGAAGCUGGGUCAUCAAGUUUGUUUUCUCUGAGUAAAUGUUUUGGUUGCGCCUGAAAUGUAAGCGGACAUUAGCUACCAUUGUCUUUUCAUAUUUUUUAAGAGGGUAACAUCAUAGAAUGUCCUUGAGAGUGCUUUUACCCACUUCCAGAAAGAAAAAAAUCGAAGUACGUUUCGAUUAGGAAUGUUGCUUAAGAUAUUCCUAUUCCUACUUCAUAACUUGUAAUUAUUUAUAUAUAAAUAUUUUUUUUGUAUUCAAUAUUCAUUCAGAUAAAGUCACGAGAUAAUCUUUUUUGAAGUAAA